AUGUCUCGCGCACGCCAAAUACUCAAGAUCAGGGCAGGAGGCCCGAACCUCGAGGUCGCCAAGUUCGGAAUGUACAUCAUGUUUCCCAUUGGAUUCAUGUACUACUUCGGCAUCAACCUCGAUUCGCGCUUUGCUGUUCCAGACUUCUGGCCGAAGAAGGAACAAACACAUCAGAUUCCUUUCGAGAGGGAAGACAUUGCAGCGGAGUUAGAGGUCCUCAAAGCGAAACGAUUGGCGGCGAGAGCGAGGAGAUUGGCGAUUGAAGCCCAGGGCGGAAGCACGGAGGUCACGACACAUCAGGAUGCUGAGAGGGAGAAUCCUAGGCCGGAGAUCUUGCAGGCGACCAAGGUUGUGAGUGCUGAGGACGGUGCAAGAAAGAAGGGAUGGUUGUGGUGA